GUCGCCAGAGGUCAGCAUUGGACGGUAUAGGUACUGUUGUCAAUAGAGGGAGCGGAUGCGUGCUGUUAAUAAUGAGAAAUGCACUUUCGUUGCUUUUGCAGAUUUCCGGUUAAUUUUAUUUGAACUAUUUCAGCCGUUUUCAGGUGAUGUUUUGUGAGGAGGAUCUGUGUGAUAUGAGUUAUUCACCGAGGCUGGGGAUGCGCAGUGCGCUGCUGACUGCUGCUGCAGUGUAAACACUGUCCGAGGCUGCGGAGCUGCAGAUCACCACGCACUUAGUGAUAGCUGUUUGAAAGCCUACACCAUGUUCAUCUGGACACAUCUUUUUUUUCUGUUCUCGGAUUUCUGCAAACGGGUAAGAACCCUCAUCUAAUGGGCGCUGUAAGGGGAUUUUCUGCGCUUUUUUUCAAAUUUAACUCCACAUAAAUCACUCAGCGUAUCUGCUACUUCCGUGCAAACACCAAGUCCAGCUUGCCCUUUAAACACCCCGAUGGUUUUAGCAACUUGAUUUUUUUUAUAUAAACCAAAAUGACAGACAACCAGGAGAACACAGACGCUGAGGACGCGUCUCCGUCCGGAAGCCCGACCUCUCCGCCCCGGCCGCCCUCCGAUCGUCUGCCCUGCCACAAGAGCAGCGUGUGCUCCCGCUCCUACUUCGUGGUCGUCAUGGUGUUUUUUCACGUCUACAUCAUUAAUGUCAUAGCGCUGCUGUUUUACGUGCACUACAGCAGCGGGCAGGAGGACGCCAGCCGGAGCAGCGAUGCUCCCAGCGGCGGCCAACACCAGCGCUCAGAGCCGCGACGUCCGCCGCCAUCAAAGCCCGACUUUAUACGGGAUGUUUCCCUGACAAGGGUCGAGGGAAUACGGGUGGGACAUGUCCAGCAGGUCGCUCUGGUGCCAGGCAAAGUGCAUGAGAUGAGGACUUUGAGCCUGAAACCGCUGCUGUUUGAGAUCCCUGGGUUUUUGUCAGAGGACGAGUGCCGUGUGGUGAUGCAGCUCGCUCAGCUGAAGGGUCUGAUGGAGAGUCAGCUGAUGGUACAAGAAGGUCAAGAAGAGCUGGCCAAAGAGCUUGACCUGAGCCCCGAAGAGAUCUUUAACCUUCUCGAUAUCAACCAGGAUGGACAGCUGCAGCUUCAUGAGGUACUGACUCAUUCCCGAGUGAGGGACGGCAUUUGGCUCACUCCAGAGAACCUGCGAGAAAUUUAUGACGGGCUCAAAGCUGAUAAAGAUGGUGACGGUUUGCUAAGCCUGCAGGAGUUCCGCCUACUAAGCAGCGACGCCUUUCAGCGCUUCCUGCUGCAGCGAGGGGUGAAAAGGAGUCAACUGGUUCGGAACAGCCGGCACACCUGGCUGUAUCAGGGCAAAGGAGCACAUCAGGUCCUCCAGAAAAUCAAGGAGAGGGUGACUCGCCUCACUCGGCUGCCCUCUGCGUUAGUGGACCUGAGUGAGCCGCUUCAGGUGGUUCGAUAUGAGGAGGGUGGCCACUACCACGCCCACCAUGACAGCGGGCCCGUAUACCCUGAAACAGCGUGCACACACACACGUCUUGCAGCGAACACCUCCACUCCUUUUGAGACUUCUUGCAGGUACAUCACAGUUCUCUUCUACCUGAACUCUGUUGAUGGGGGUGGGGAGACCGCAUUCCCUGUGGCAGACAACAGGACCUAUGACGAAGUGUCUCUGAUACAAAAUGAUGUGGAUCUGAUGGACACCAGAAGAAACUGUGACAAGAGCAACCUCAGAGUGAAACCCACCAAAGGAAUGGCUGUUUUCUGGUACAACUACCUCUCCGAUGGAAGAGGUUGGGUGGGAGAGCAGGAUGAAUAUGCUCUGCAUGGAGGCUGUGUGGUCACCAGCGGCACUAAGUGGGUAGCCAAUAAAUGGAUCAAUGUCGAUCCAGAUUACCAGCGGCAAGCUCGCUACCAGCAGUUGGUUUCACAUCUGCCAGACAAUGAAAAUGACGAUGAUCUGACUUUGAAUGCUGACAUACAGAAUCCCAGCAUCCAUCAAGACUUGUAGCUCCAACACCAAUACAUUAAUUUACCAAAAUCCUCCUUGUCUUCCUCAGUGCUGUGCACAGCCUUUUUCGGACCAGUUUUGCAGAGUUGACAUUUAUUCAGGGAAUGAGUUCACAGUGAGAAAUAGAUGCUUUUAUACAACAAUCUGUUUAUUUUGUGUAUUGUUCUGUUUCUAUUUCCCACUUUAGGAGUGUUGCUCUAGAGCCUUUCGAAGAGUUGUGAUUUUAAAAUGUUUCAAAGUGUUUAGGAUUUAGUGACAUCUAGUGGCAAAGUUCCAAAGUGCAUGCUGUUGAAUUUUCCUUUUCUAAAAUUCAUCUUCCAGACCUGUAGGUCAAUGUCAGCAGCCGUCAAAAGGUAAAAAAUAUUUUUUAAAUUACAGAGAGAGCCAGGGUUUGUUUGGUACACUCUAGAAAUACUGUAGAAACCUGCAAAAAAGCGACUCAAACAAUCUUUAUUUGUAAGCAUCUCAUUCUUCUGUGAUAGCACAGUCUCUCUUUUUUAAUGUGAUAUACUGCCUUUCUGCCUGUAGAUUUCUCUCAAUCGUACACACAUGAACUUUAAAUAACACAUUUCUUUGCAUGUAUAAAAAAGGUUUUCCUGUUGCAAUGAGCACAUUUGCACUAGAAUAUUGCAACAGCUGUCGUUACCAAAAGAAGCUCACACCUCUAGGCGUGAUGCAUGAUGCCUUUUCUUUGUCUCUUCAGUGCAAUACUACUGUUUUCUUCUAGAAUGCACAAUGAAUGAAAAUGCACAUGAUGUCCAGAGUUCAUUUGAUUUAUUUAUUGAAUAAUUACUUAAAAUGCACUCUUUCACUGUUCCAGCACCAAAUAAAGUGUAAUGAAGCUCAA